UAGUUGAAGUUCUAAUUAUAGGGUAGAAAUUGAACAAACACCCCACCUCUAAAGUAAAAUAACGCUGUCUGUCCGUUCAAUCGAACCAUCCUUAUUCAGUAAAACUUUAAAGUACAGAAGGUUUGCUAGCAAAAAUAAUGGCUGAUGACUUUAAGAUUGCCGUCAUUUGUUCAAGUAACCAAAAUCGUAGCAUGGAGGCUCACAGUUUUCUGAGCAAAAAAGGAUUCAACGUCAAGUCUUUUGGAACAGGGAACAUGGUCAAAUUGCCCGGCCCUGCCCCGGACAAGCCAAAUGUUUAUGACUUCAGUAUUACAUAUGAUGCAAUGUACAGAGACUUGAUGCAAAAAGAUUAUGAACUCUACACCCAGAACGGUAUCCUUCACAUGUUGGAUAGGAACAGAAGAAUAAAAGCUCACCCGGAAAGAUUUCAAGACAGUACAGAGAGGUUUGACCUGCUCAUCACCUGUGAAGAGAGAGUUUAUGAUCAGGUUUUAGAAGAUUUUGAAAAUAAAGAAAAGAAUGACGAGCAAGCUGUACACAUAAUCAACAUCGACAUUCAAGAUAACCACGAGGAGGCAACCAUCGGAGCUUUCAUGAUUUGCGAACUGGUGACCAUGUUGUAUGCAUCAGAUGACCUGGACAAUGAGGUGGAUGAAAUACUGCAGGAAUUUGAACACAAAGUCAAAAGAAGUGUGCUUCACACAGCUCAGUUUUAUUAAAAGUAUAUUUUGUACAUAUGUAAAGUGCAUUAGAGGGGAGUAUCUGGGUUAGCUGAAUUUUUUUCUUUAUCUUUCUGGAAAAGAAGGGUGAUUGGGGCGGGGAAAGUAAUGUCUUAUGUCUUAAGAUCACUUAUUUAAAGCUUUUGCAGUUCCAGUUGAUGUAAUUUGAAAGCUAGGUCAUGGUAUCUGUUUGGAUACUGGAAAAAUGAGUUUGAAGUUUCAGCUGACCUCCCUGACUCUGUGGAAUGUGAAGAGGUGGGUUUACUAGGUUGACUCAACCCAAUUGUACAGUGAGGUGGUGAAGAAAGGUAAAUGUUUUCAGGGUUUAGAAAACGGUUUGGAGGACAGUACAAAAGGGGGGAAGGGGGAGAUUUUCCCAUGUUGUAGCAUAUAUUGUCUACUGUUCUUUCAGUUGUCUGGCCUUUUUCUGAGAAAUGACUUGCCACUGUACUGUAGUAAAUGAUGUAACAUUGUCAGUGGAUCAAGAGUUGACUACUAGUUGUAUGAUAUAAUUGAUGAUCAGUUUGAGCUCAGUAGAAAAACAAUUUGUUGACCAGCUGUUGAAAUGUCACACGCCAAAAAUUUUCAAAUUUAAAAUAAUUGCUGUUUCAUUAUGUAUUGUAUUGGUUGCUUGUGCUUGAGAAUUAUUUUAUCAAAAUUCAAAUUCUAAAUGUUGAAAAAAGCAAGAAAAAGUAAAGUACCUUCGCUGCAGGCUGCCAAAUCAUUGUAAUCAAUUUCAAAACUCUAAACUCUGCCAUGCCAAAAGCAUUUAAAUUUGACUAGACUGAAAAACCCCCCAACUUUCUUGACACACCUUGGGGGAGGAGAAGGUCACAAAGAAAGCAAAGAGGCAGCGAGGCAAGAGAAAGAAAUUGACAUAAAGACAGCCCUGGAGACCCAAACCCCAAACAAAGGAACAGUUGAACAGAGUGGGCGUCGUCUGCAUGGAUCUUCAAUGUUGCCUUUCUGUGUCCCUGGCUCAAGGCCUCUGCUCUGUUUUGUAUAAUGAAGCUUGCUGUGCAUAACUUUAAUGUCUACAAUUUUUCAGUGCAGUGCGGGGCUUGAAAUGUUAUGUCUGGCGUGAGUGGGAAGGUAGACUGACUUCUAACAAAUUUUUAUCUUGCAUCGUAGCCUACGCAUGAUUCUUUGCCUAGACCUAUGGCAGAAUAAUACUGCACAGUUAUGGAUGCAUAAACUGAUUAAAAGCGCUGCACUAGCUAGUUCCAUCUCAGCUUUAGCUUGUGAGCUCAACAUCACAAUCGAACCGAAGUAUCUCACAAAGGGACGAACUGAAAUAAAAUAAAGGUCAAUAGCAGCAUAUAUUAUGAAGUCAGAUACCCAGACAAUAAUUUCUUCAGUAAAUAUUCAUCUGUACAAGUAGAAUACUCGGUCAUUUGGCCUGAAAGAAAAACUGUUAACACUAAAGUAGUUGACGUGAAGCACUUUGCUAUUCCUCACAAUGGGGCAUUCAUUACAAGCUCGCUUUCUGUGACAACUGGCGAGAUAUGCCCAUACCAUGCAACCACCAGCCAGCAAGCACUAUGCCCCUGCACUAUACUUGCCUAGAAGACCUGUCACAAGUACAAAAUAACAACUUUUACAGGAGUUAACAUUGGUAAUUCCAGCUGAGGCCCUUGCCUUUUACUUUUAUGACACUUCAGAGCAUUGAUUUGCAACGGUAUUUAAAAUUACUUGCACAUUUGAGAGUUUGUACGUAAGCUUUGCAUGUGUGCGCGCUUGUGUGUGUGGGCAUGUAUGUUUGUGUGUUAGUGCGUGCGUGUGAUGAAUAAAUUUGACUGUAUAUGAGCGUUCCCAUUGAUGAAAAUGUAAAAAUAGAGAGAGGAAAUGGGACACUUUUCAAAGCAUUAUUUAACUCACGAUUUAUAUGUACUAACUAUAUUUCCAGUAAUACUUCAAAGCAAUUUCAAGAACUUGUACCGGUAGUCAUUUGGAUGCUCUUUUAUGUGUAAAAAUGUUCUAAAAAUUGUCAAGAGUGAAGUUUCACGAUGUCUGUAAUAAAAUGGUAAAUCACUCUCUUCUA